CGUGAAGAUAAGUUUGAAGCUGAUGAUCACACAACACUUGCCCAGCUUGUUUUAAGCAAUCACACUUAAGAAAAAAAGCUGUCGAUAUAGUGCCUCUCUCUCUCUCUCCAUCUUUCUCUAUCUCUAUAUAUAUAACACUCACACAUGCAUGAAAUUUGAGAUAGAAUUAGGGUUUCUCUUUCUCAUGCAUUUGACAAAAAUGGGUUAUUGUAAGUUCACUUUUCUUGCACUUCUCUACGUGUUCGGAUCGACGGUGGAUGCCGCAUUCCGCGAUGUACCGUUCGAUGAUAUUUACGACGUCGUUUGGGGUGGCGACCAUGUUAUGUUCCUCAAUGAACGCAGAGAUGCUCAGCUUUGGAUGGAUCCCAAUUCCGGUGCUGGAUUUGGAUCAAAGCUAAAUUAUGGAUCAGGAUUCUUUCACAUGAGAAUCAAGCUUCCCAAUAAGGACUCUGCAGGAGUCGUUACAGCAUUUUAUCUAACUUCAAACUCAAGCAAGCAUGAUGAGAUAGAUUUUGAAUUCUUGGGCAAUAGAGAAGGUAAACCAAUCACAUUGCAAACAAAUGUGUUUGCAGAAGGGAUGGGAGAUAGAGAACAAAGGACCUUGCUAUGGUUUGAUCCCACUGCUGAUUUCCACACUUACAAACUCCUAUGGAACCUUCACCAGAUAGUAUUCUACGUGGACAAUAUUCCGAUCAGGGUGUUCAGAAACAAGCAGGACAUCGGGGUUCCGUAUCCGAACCAGCCAAUGCGCAUUCAGGUGAGCUUGUGGAAUGGAGAAGACUGGGCAACAGAUGGAGGGAAGACCAAGAUCGACUGGUCUCAUGCACCAUUUGUUGCCCAUUUUCAAGGUUUUGGUUUUGGUGCAUGCCCAGUGCCUAAAAACACCAUAGAUGUUGAAGGUUGUUAUGAUUCCAAGUAUUGGUGGAAUGGUAGCAAAUAUUGGAAGUUGAGUGGCAAGGAGCAAAGGCUAUUUGAGGAAGUGAGGGACAAGUAUUAUAUGAAUUAUGACUAUUGUGAUGACACAAAUAGGCAUGCUACUACUCCACCUGAGUGUGAAUUCAAUAAAUGAAAUUAUUAUUAUUAUUAUUAUUAGUUCUUGAGAAGUUAUUGCGUUUUGUUCUUGUAUUUUCUACUAUGGGAUUAUUGUAAUUAAUUUAGUUCGGAGUGGGUUAAUGUGAAAUGAUUGAUUUAGAUGCUCAUGAAAUCUACACGUGUCGGUAUUUUAUUUGUUUUUAUCA